AGAAUCCAGAUGGGAGCUCUUGGUCUACUCGGUUUGGCAGCUUUCAUCCUUACACUCGACAAUGAUUCGGACUCUCUUGACACAGUGCCGGGCGUUCAGAGUAAUGCGUACAUGUGGAUUCGAGAUCUACACCCACUCCUAGCGGGCGUCUCGGACACCCACGUGGGUCUGAUGUGUUGCUUUGCAGCAUCAGCCAUGUCUGGAGUUGCUGCCGCACUAACACAAAAGGCCCUACAGAGUGAUCGGAGAAAUAGCUAUAUGUAUACUAUUGAGCUGGCCUUCUUCACUAUCGUAGCGCUCACCACCAAAACUCUGAUGCAGGUGGAGGAUAAAUCAAGCGUCCACGAUCUUGUUCUGAAAGGCUGGACACUGUCAGCUAUGAUCCCCGUAGCAGUAAAUGCGGCCGGUGGCAUCUGCGUGGGACAGGUGACUAAGCUAGCAGGAGGUGUGCGUAAGUCGUUCUCGAUCGUCAUGGGCAUAAUUCUAACGGCCAUUUUAGACUACGUGCUACUGGGUAUACCCCUGUCUAUGCAUGUCACAAUCGCCGUACCCCUGGUAGGAACCAGUCUCGUACUUCACAGCAGGCAUCCGCCUUCUAGAUCUGACAGAAUAGCGAAGAAGAUCCAAUGAAAUAAGUCACAGUCUCAUUUACAUCCACUCGCCAAUCUCGGAUAUCGGAACUGCUUACACUGGAGAUUUUUUACCGAGGUCGACUGACAAAGUAACUCGAGCAGUAUAGAAUGGUAUCUGAUCAGCUGUUGUCCGAUAAUCGGCUUUGCGACUACAGUGCAUCGUUGGAGUCGAUGCCUCGAUGGGCCGUGUCGAGUAUUCCGAACAUAUGAUAUUUUUUAGUAUAUGGCCGCUGAUAACAAGACGUAAUAACAAGAAAAAGUAACGACUGGUAUCGCCGAUAGGUAUAUCGAGUAAGCAUGAGUCAUGGAUUUGUGCGCUGAUAGCAUGACUUGAUAACAUGAAAAUAAAGAUAGUAAUGACUAUAAAAACAUGAUUGUCUCAGUACCAUCAAUUCAUUUUAAAAAGUCAAACAGUCCACAGGAGUGGGACUUUGUCACAAAUUGUUCUA